AUGUCAGGCAAAGGAUUGGAGAAAACACUUCAAAAAUUAAGAGCUUCUGUCAACGACGGAAAAUACUAUGAAGCACAGCAAAUGUAUCGAACUGUCGCCAGAAGAUACAACAAGCAAGGAAAUUUUGCAGACACUAUCCGCUUACUCCAUGAUGGUUCCGUUUUAUUAUUUCAACAUAAGCAAUAUGGUUCAGCAUCUGAUUUAGCCAAUUACAUGCUUGACACUUAUAAGCUUGCACAUACUCCUGUUGAUGAGACAUCGUUAGACCGAAUCGUCGAACUGCUUAACCUUUUCCCUACGGCCGACAAUAGUCGUAAAGCUUUCAUCAGUAAUGCUUUUAAGUGGUCAAAAAAUGAGGGCAACUUCCCAGAGGGAGAUCCAGAGUUACAUGAUUUUGUUGGCACAAUGCUUUUCAACGAAAAGAAAUUCAAUUUGGCGGAAGAUCAUUUGCUGUUAGGAAAUAACCAUAGUGCUGAAGUUAUUGGUAAGUUAGCUUAUCAAUGGGCCGAGGACGAAAAAGUACAGUGGAAAGGUGUUUACCUUGCACGCGUAGUUUUCCAAUAUUUGGCGAAUAAAGAUAUCCAUCACGCAAGCUUAGCUUUCCAAAACUUUGUCAAGACUGCUGGAUUUCAAACAAUUGUUGCAGAAUCCAAAGUACGUCGUGCGCCUGCUGAUUCUGAGGCGUCUUCAGUCCCAGUGUUUUCAGAUCCUUGGAUGAACUUUACUCAACUUUUAUUAUUGACAGUACAAAGAGAUGGAAAAGAUUUAUUUACAGAAUUGAAAUCAAGAUAUAAACCACUCUAUGGAAACGAAACUAAUUUUGUCGAGCUUAUUGAUGACAUUGGGCUCGCCUUCUUUAACAUCCCUAAACCUAGAAAACAAGGCAAUAUGCUUCAAGAAAUGAUGGCUAGUUUAUUUUCUGGAGGUGCACCAGGCGCUGGUGGCAAUCCUUUGCUUGGUUUAGGCGGCGGUAAUGCAACGAGUGGCGCUGAACUUGAUUAA